AUGAUAUCUGAUUCUGAAAUUAUGGUCAGCAUCACCUAAUCUUAUUUUGAUACUAAAUCUGAAGGACUUUUGCUGCCAAUGUUUAGUGUAUACUGAUUAUGAUGGUGACAUUGAAUUGGAGAUGCAACAUGUGUCGUUUAUUUUGGAUGCCUACGGUUACAAAUAGGCCACUCAUUAUUAAAUAAUUUAGGUCUGAAUCAUGGGAUCUUGAUUUUUUUUCCCAGUUAGCGAGCAUUGCAUUUUACCCACCUAUAACUCAGUAUAUAUCUCAAAAGGUACCAAGUGAUUGAACCCUUGCUGACCAUAUAUAUUUUCUCUUGGUGCUCAAUUUUAAUAAGAUUGUGCUGCCAUGGCUGAGGAUAUUUGGACCCUAAAUCUGGUAUGCGAGGGGGCAGCUCCAGGACAGGAAAAUGUACAAAGGGAAAUGGACAGAGAUGAGAUAUGCUUCUUCAACUUGAUUGAGUUGAUCGAGGAAUAUGGGUAUACAUCAAUUGACUAUCUAUACUACAAGAAAAAAGAUAAUUUGGUUGCACUACAAGGGGAUACAGAUGUGAUGAAAAUGCUUGAAGAAAACGAGAGCAAGAAGAAUGUUAGCUUGUUUGUGACAAGGCAGAGAAUAGCCACCAUAGCACCGACCAAGUCCAACAAAGAACCAUCCAAAUCUGCAGCGAAUAAAGCUAAAGAGAAAAGUGGCAGAAAGAAAAAGCAGCAGCUGAAUAUAAUUCAAUCCAAAGAACAAUAUGCCAAUGAGGCUGACCACCAGCUUGAUGAUGAUGACGUCCAAGAAACACCAGGUGAUGAUAAUAAAGUAACCAAGCGAAAGGGAACCGUUUUGGCGCAUGUUUGGGAUUUACCAGAGGAAAACCGAAUAUUAGUGAAAUGUAACCAGCUUGGGCAACCUAUUGGGAAAGAAGGUGGUCUAUUAGGGCAAUUUUUAGGCACUAUAUCACGAAACGGUGGUUAUUGUCCUUUACAUAUCAAAGAUUGGAGAAAGGUAAAGAAUGAUAAUGCUGAAACCAUAUUUCAAUGCAUUCAGACCAAGUUCUUGUAUCCACGCUCAUGUGAGAAGUGGAUACUGAAGUCAAUCGGUAGAGAUUGGAGAAAGUACAAGGCAACACUAAAAAGUAAGCUAUAUAAUCAAAAGAAGAAAAGGACAGCUUUGUACAAGCUCUGUCCAGAUGAUAUUGAUGAAGAUCAAUGGAAAGCCCUAGUAAAAUAUUGGAAGUCAGCAGAAGGAAAGGCCCUUAGUGAGAGGAACAAAUUAAGUCGUGAAAUGAAGAAGACAACACAUACAGCGGGUACAAAGAGUUAUGCGCGUUGGUCCGAGGACUUGAGACAAGCUGAUCCUGCAAAAAGGAAACCACAUAGAGCAAUGGUUUACUUAGCAAUUCACAGGAAAAUGGCGAAGGAAACAAAUCAGCCUACGGUUCAGUUGGAAAAUCUAAUUGAAAAGCAACCAGAAUUAGCACAGAAUAGUGAGGGAAGAGUUGCAUGGGAAGGAGAUGCAUUGCAUCAAGUAUUGGGAGAGGAGAAACCUGGACAAGUACAUGGAAUGGGAUUGCUUCCAAUUCCUAAACAAGUUUAUGGCGGAACAACACGUCAUUUCAAGGAUAUUAAUAUAGCUACACUGCAUGGUUCAUCAUCUGAUGUAGAGACUCAUAUGUUGGAGGAAAUAAAGCAACUCAAGGAGCGUUCAAGAAGACAAGAUAAAGUAAUUGAUGAACUUAUAAACAAGAAUAUGCACCAUGAAAGGGAAGAAUCGACAAAGGAUGACCAUAACAAAUUUCAGAAUCAGGUAGUUUCUUCCAACAGAAAGAGAGUUCAAUGUGCAGAACCACACAAUGUAGAUAUUGUCUCUCAACAGAGGGAUGAAUUGUGUCAAGGUGAUGCAAAUCACAUAGAGUUCUCAGAUCAGGAAGCACAUCCAUCAUCCCCACAAUGCUCUACUAAUGAUUUUAGACAAAAAGAGGUUGGUGUGCGUACACAUCCUUCAAGUGAUGGUAGAAUAAAUAGGAAAAGAAAGGACCAGCAAGGAGCACUCCAAGAUAAACCUACAGGACAGAAGUGUUCCAAAUAUACACGACCUCAGAGAAUUAAGGUAAACAAACAUAAUGUUCAUUCUGAUUGGAUUAUCUUUAUCUUUACUCAACUAAUGAUUAUUGAUGACUACGUCAAUUCAAUUUAGGAUGGAACCACAGUAAUACUUAAGUCUGCGAGUUAUCCAAAUAAGGCAAUUGUGGCUUAUGCAACCAUUUUGAGCUCUAAUCCAAAAGCAAAUGUUGGUGGAGUUGAGAUAGGAAAGCAAUUCUACAAAGUGCGUAUCAAUCAUCCUAUUAUACAAGAUGAGCCAUUAGUAAGGCCCACAAGUGGAUACAAGAAAAUUGGUGAUGCUCAUGCCAAAGGAGCACCGAUUGCUUGGCCUUUGAUUUGUGUUGAAAUGAUCAAUGGAUGAAUAUAUGUACUUGGAUAUACACACACGCAUGGACCGUGAAGACAAGAAUUUCAAGAAUAUUGUUUAUUUUUUGCAUUUCAUUUGCUGUAGCGCACAUUUGUAAACAUUUUCUCUUCUUAAUCAUAUCAUUGUGUAAAUAUACUUUACAUUAUGUGAACAAAGACUAUGUUACAUUCCUACAAUCAAUGCAACUUUCUGUUGCUACUGAAA